AUGGAAAUCAAUCUUCUCCGUCCUGCUGUUAUCGGUGGUACUCUCGGUGCCACUUCCGUUGGUGUUCUGGGUGCUGGUCUCGGUGGUGUUACUGGUGCUGGUCUCGGUGCUGCUGCUGGUGCUGUUGUUGGUGGUGCUGCUGGUAUUGUUUUAGGUCCUUGUGCUAUCGCUACUGCUGCUGCUGGUGCUGCUGUUGGUACCGCUGUUGGUGCUGUUGCUGGUACUGCUAUGGGUGCGGCUGCUGGUGGUACCUUUGGUGGUAUUAGUGGGGCUAUUGUUACUCUUUAUAGGCGUCGUAGGAAAAAUGCCCGAAAAAGUCCAUGUACCGAUAUAACAUGUGAUAAUGAAAUCAAAGAAUUAUAUGAAUGUCAUUGUUGUUUACAUCUUGUUUGUUUUUAUCAUUUGAGUAAACAUAUUGAAAUAGUAAAAGAAAAUAAACAACGAUUGAAUAAUCUUCGUAAUGAAUUAAAUACAGUUGUAUAUACACUGGAACUAAUUAUUGAAGAAAAACUAUUGAUUAUUGAACGUGAACAAAAUUUGAUUGAACAAGCAAAAAAGAUUUUUGACGAACCCAGCAGUUCAAUGGAUGAACUAAAAAAUAUUAUCGAAAAAAUUAAUCAAACAAUAGCAUCAAAUCAUUCAAGUAAAAACUAA